CUCCGAUGAGAGCCCGGAAGCGGCUGCGGCUGCCAGGAGCUCCACGUGGGCGCUGCAGCCAUGGAGGUGCGGGGCGGCGGCGGCCGGAGCGGAGCCCCGGAGGGACCGCUGCGUUUUGAGUGCCCGGAGGAGUUCGCUGCCAGCCCGUUUGCCCCUGGGCCGCCCCUCAGCCCUGAGUCACUCCGAAGCCCCUCGAAGCAGCUGGUGCUGAUCAGAGCCCCCGCUAACUUCAGCCCUGAGAGCCUCGAAGGCCACGCCGUGCCCCUCAUGGGCUUCCAGAUUCUGAAGGCGCCGCAGUCAGACGGGACCCAGAAGGUCUACCACGUCCAGGCGACUCCAGGGGACCGGGGUAGCAGUGCCCGCCUGCUCGUCCCAUCAGGCCACUUGGACCUCCUCACCUGCGCACCCCCUUUCAGCAGCUCCCUGACUUUUUGCGAGAGGUACGGAGACCCCAGUGCCAACCAGCCCCUCUUCCCUGUGGCAGCCAGACCGGCCCCCCAGAUCCCCGAAGGCCUCAAGCAGCGCUUCCUUCCUUUUGGGGGCUGUCUGAAGCGGCCCCCUCCCGUGCAGGAAGCUGCCGAGGAGCACCCGCGGAAGAAGAAGAAAAAGAAGCGGACCCUCGAGAGGGUGGCGGACCCCCAGGAGCACCCCCUGGUGAAGCAAGAGGAGUCCCAGGCGAGUGUAGGUCCGGAGGCAAUUUCCGAAGGGCUGGUGGUGCAAGGGGAGAUGGCCCCCGAGGAAGGGGCUGGGGAGGAGGGGCGCAGGAGCAAGAAGAAGAAGAAGGAGAAGAGGAAAGAAGAGCAGGAAGAGAGGGUGGUGGCACCUGGUGAGGCUGAGCCGAGGUCCCACACAGGGAGUAAUGGCAGCCCCGAGGCAGGGGGGAAGGCUGCACACAAGCAUAAGAAGAAACGGAAGCAUGAAGAGGAGGCAGCUGUGGUGCCGACGGCCUUGGUGGGCCCUGCCUGCCUCGAGACCGAGCCGGGCAGGGAGCUGAGCAGCCUGGGGGGCAGCCCCCAGGCCUGCCUGGCACAAGUCAAAGAGGAGCCUGAGCUUAGCCCUCCCAAGAAGAAGAAAAAGAAGAAGAGGGAGAAAGCCGAAGAGGAACGGGGGACGGUGUCGCUGGAACCCAGCUCUGUGAAGCAGGAGCCGGGGGGUUGGGGGGAGCUGGAAGCCCCCUCUGGGCCACCCGGAGGAGAGGGGCAGUGGGAAGGGGAGUCCUCUGAGCCCAGAGCGGAGGAGCUCAGCCAGAAGCAUCACAAGAAGAAGAAGAAGAAGCACAAGAGGGAGGAGGAAGCGUCAUGGAAGGAGGAGGCGGCGAGCGAGCAGGAAUGA